UUAAGGGCUCUUCCUAGUCAGCCACGAACUCCGCGUUUACGGUGACGAUGCUAUAUCACGGUAGUAAUUAGAAGCUUCUUGUCGUAUAUUAGGCCCGUCCUAUAAUACGUCACACAUCGGUGUUUUAAGUCAUAAACCGUGAUAAUUCUACAAAAUAAUUGUACGCCAAUUUCGUAAGCAGUGUAAAAUUGAUCAAUCACAGUCGAAUAUGAAGAGAAUAUUCGACAAGAAAAUAACGGACCUAUUGCGAAAAGUAUUGAUAACGAAUUUUGUGUUGCGUGCCAUUUCGUUAUGUGCUUAAUUGUGAAAAUGUGACUUGUCUCGUAUUUAUCAAAGUAAAAAUGGAUGGAAACUAUAGUUGUUGUCGAAUUUUAUACGUAAAAGUAUCUUUUCCUUUCAACAGCUGUUAAAUCGUAAGUUUUCUUGCUUGAAUAAGCUUUACUUUACGUGCCUUUUACGACUAUUUACUGACUUUCAGGGGGGAAAAGGAUAGUUUCCAUCCAUUUUUACAAGUUUUCUAAAACGAUCCUACUUAUUAAUUUUAUCCAAAUCCUCUUUAUUUAAAAAUGGCACGCAACAAACUUUUACGUGCAUUUCUCGCUUCUGACGUCCAAUAUGGCCGCGGUGACUAGGAAGGGCCCUUAAGAUAAAUUGAUAGAUGAUAAAUUUAGAUAAGAAAUUUUUUCUAAGAACAAGAUAAAAUAUAAAAAAAAUAUAAAUAUAAAAAAAACUUUUGAUUCACAAUGUAAAUUCAAAAACAUAAUAAUAACCUCCUUUAUAAUAAUAACUUCUAAUCAUAGAUAAGACCACAAAUCAAAUUUGUAAAUAACAUCUGCUUCUCAGAAAAAAUAAUAAUAAAAGAAUCCGAUUAAAAUUUUUGUUACACAUCGAAUUUAAGUGAAACAGAGAGCGAGUAGGAAGAGGAGCAGGAGAAAGAAUUCAAGAGAGAGGUGGAAAUGGAAUUGGAAGCGGACGAGAGAGAAGCUGAACUGGAUGGUACAGAAUACGUUGAAGCUGAUAGCGACGAUGAUGACUACGAUGAGGACGAUGAUGACGACCUCGAAGAGCUUUCUAUGGAUGAAGAUAGAGACUCUGGACAGAAAGAAGAGAUUGAAUUGUCGGACAGCUUUGAGUCCGAAGUGUAAGUAAAGUGCCCGUUUGCUGCGGAUGUUAUCGUCCACAGUGAAAAUAUGUCGACGAAAAAUGAACUGAAACGGGCACUUUACUUCAAUAAAUAAAAAAUGAAGUAGUUCUCAAAUGGGCCGUUAUAAAAAAAAUGAGGAUGAUAAAAAAGUGUAUGUACAAUAAAAUCCUCGGUAGCACUCAUUGUUAGCGCAACUUGUGCACUAGCGCUUUUUGCAAGCAAG